GGUGUCAGUCGCCAAAAGUAAACAAAACAUUAUGGCCAAAACAAAGUGGACGGAAUUGGAAAAACCUCUCUGCAAUGCAAUAUUGGAGACAAUAAAAAGCAUGGAGUUUGAGAAAAUGACUCCUGUACAGGCAGCAACAAUUCCACUCUUGAUGUCCUACAAGGAUGUGGCUGUUGAAGCUGUCACGGGAUCCGGGAAAACAUUAGCUUUCUUGGUGCCCCUCCUGGAGAUCCUCCUACGUCGUCAGAGCACAUCUCAGUGGGAAAAGAAGGAAAUUGGGGCGAUUGUUGUGUCUCCCACACGUGAGCUCGCCACUCAGACAUCUCAGGUACUGAAAUUAUUUCUCAAUCAUCCGGAACUUUCGCACUUUAGCCAGAAACUCCUCGUUGGGGGAUGUAGUGUUGAGGAGGAUAUGCAUUAUUUGAAGAAUAGUCCUGCCCAUGUUGUUAUCUGUACUCCAGGACGUCUGGAGGAUUUACUCGAACGGAAGGGUGGGCUAAAUUUGGCAGCUCGUGUUAAGAGUUUGGAGAUUUUGGUGCUGGAUGAGGCAGAUCGUCUGCUUGAUUUGGGUUUUAUGGCCACGAUUAAUACCAUCCUCAGCUACUUACCACGUCAGCGCCGUACAGGGCUUUUUUCUGCCACUCAAACCAAGGAAGUGACUAAUCUAAUGAGGGCAGGUUUGAGGAAUCCUGUGGUAGUUAGUGUCAAGGAGAAAGCUUCAAUUAAUACGCCCGUCCUUUUGCAAAAUUAUUACGUUAGUGUUGAGCCUGAGGACAAACUUCGCUAUCUCGUGGCAUUUAUCCGACAGAAAAAGAUCCAAAAGUCCAUGCUUUUCCUCCCUACGUGUGCAUGUGUUGAGUACUGGUCUCAGGUACUUCCUGCCCUGCUCAAGAAUACAAAUAUCCUUGCCCUUCAUGGAAAAAUGCAGAAACAAAGGGGAAAAAUCCACGAGAGCUUCCGGGAAGCCAAAAAAGCCAUCUUGCUGUGCACAGAUGUCUUGGCAAGGGGUGUAGAUAUUCCAGAAGUAGAUUGGGUGCUUCAGUGGGAUCCUCCGGCGAAUCCUGCUGCAUUUGUUCAUCGUGUGGGACGAACAGCACGUCAGGGAAAUGCCGGAAAUUCCCUCAUACUGCUCCUCCCUGCUGAAUUUGCCUAUAUUGACUUCCUCAAGCGGAAUCAGAAGGUUACCCUGAAGCCACUCACAAUCACCCCCACAACUGACCUCCCCAGCAUCAACAAAAUCCUCCAUGGCCUGCAAAUGCGCGAUAGAGCCCUCUUUGACACAGCAAAUCGAGCUUUUGUCUCCCACAUUCGUGCCUACAGUAAGCACGAAUGCAGUCUCAUCCUUCGCCUUGAAGAUCUCCCCCUGGGACGCAUGGCAACGGGCUAUGGCCUGCUAAAACUCCCCAAAAUGCCCGAGAUUAAAGACACCCACACGGAAGAAUUCUCCGGACCAGAAGGAGAAAUUGAUUUUAUGGGAAUUGCUUACAAAAAUCCCCAAAAGGAAUCCACGAGGCAGGAAAAGCUCUCCCUCUACGCGGAAUCCGGCGUAUGGCCAGGGAAGAAGGUCAAGAGGAAAAAGCAAACGGAAUCGUGGGAAUUGUCAAAGCAGAAGAAACUCGAGAGGAAGGAAAAGAGAAAGCAGCGAAAGCUAAAAAUGCAAAAGAAGAAUGCCGAUGGUGAGAAGAAAAAGAAGAGAAAGAGAAUCUCUGAUGAAGAUCUAGCAGAGCUAGCAAGCGAUAUUGCUCUCCUGAAACGCAUCAAGAAGAAAAAGAUAACAGAAGAGGAAUUUGAGGAAGAAAUUGGUUUUAAUUCUGACUAAAUCUCUCCUCUUAAUACAAAAAUGAAAAAUUACGAAAGUGAUUUAACAAAUGCCUUCACCGACUCCUUCUCAACACUAUUCAAGUACUCCACCUUGAAGAAUUCCUUCUGAGCAUUGAUUCUGUAAUAAAAAUCAAAUUUUUAUCAAUAAAAGAAAAUUCAAAAAACAUAAAAAAAGAAA